AUGGGCGGCGCACUUUCCUGCUGCUCAGAACCUGCAUCAAACAGGAAAACGAGAAAGUCCACGAAGAAGCCGUUGAUCCCGAAAAAGGCGAUGCCGAAGAGGGAGAAAAAAUUGAAUAAACCCGUCGUCAUGUGUGGAAACCUCGAAAAGCAAACAGUAAAGGAAAGUACUUUCGAAGAACUGUGCGAUAUGCUCGAUGAAGAAGUGGACGAAAAAAAUAUGAGCGAGAAGGAAAUCGCCAAAACAAAACGACGCCUCAGUCAAAUGGCAGAAAAAAGACAGAGCAGAACUUCUAUCGUUGCGAGGCGAGAAAGUCAACUUGGCGCGAACAUCGAAAACAUGCUACAACAAAGAGAUACAGGCAGAAGAACAAGUCGACUAUCAAUCAAUUCUGCACCAAUUCUUCCACCUCGAGAAAACAGCGAUUCAGAAGCACCCAAUAACGAUAACCUUAACGCUCUCUUCGGAAAGAUCCAUAAAAAACGUGCCAAAAAAGGACUAUAG